AUGCGUUUCACCGCUGUUGUCGUCGCCGCGACUGCUCUGGCCGCCAACGUCUCCGCCUCUGCCUGCCGUCCCAACGGACGCCCUUCCGGCAAAUGGGGCAACUGGGGUGGACACGGCAACUGGGGAAGAGUCACUUCCACCGUGACCUCCACCAUCACUCCCAGCGCCCCUGCGCCUACCGUCCCGGCCGUUGUGCCUACCCCCGAGCCCGUCGUCGAGGAGCCUGUUGAGACUACCCCGUCCGUCACGCCUACCCCCGCUGCCGAGCCCGUUGUUGAGCAGCCCGUCGUUGAGGAGACCACCUCCUCCGCCGCUCCCACCGCCACUGCCGCCGCCUCUUCCGGCAGCUCUGGUCUUUCCUCUGACCAGCAGAAGGCCCUCGACGCCCACAACGCUGCCCGUGCCGAGGUCGGUGUUCCCGACCUUGUCUGGGACGCCACCCUCGCCUCCAACGCCCAGGAGUGGGCCACCCACCUUCUGUCCGUCGGCGACCUCACCCACUCCCAGACCAACAGCGAGGGUGAGAACCUGUACAUGCAGUACAGCACCGAUGCCCCCAACGUCAACGCCGCCAACGCCUGGCUCGGCGAGAAGUCCCUGUACAAGGGAGAGACCAUCAGCGCCGACAACUACAUGGGCUUCGGCCACUACACCCAGGCCGUCUGGAAGUCCACCACCAAGGUCGGCAUGGCCUUCGCCACCGACUCCAAGGGUGCCACCUACGUCGUUGCCCGCUACUCUCCCCCCGGCAACUACCUCGGCGAGAAGCCCUACUAA